AUGGAGACACGUAGAAGGCUAGAGCAAGAGAAAGUCAUCAUGCAGGUAGCUUCAUCCAUCAAUGACAUUCGUAGGCCAAGGUUGGCAAGUUUUGGAGGUAUGGGCUCUACAGGGUCACUAUCAUCAUUCCCUGGAUCAACUGGACACAGCUCAACUGCUCAACCGCUUCCAAAUGGCCACCAAGCCACUAGUGAUUAUGGUGCCUUUUUUGCUUCCUCUUUAGGGAGUUCUAUCCGUCACAGCCCUCUAAGUUCUGGUGUUACAACACCGGUGACUAAUGUGAGUCCUAUGCAUCUCCAGCAUAUCAGGGAGCAGAUGGCUAUUGCACUUAAGCGCCUCAAAGAGCUAGAGGAGCAAGUAAAAACUAUCCCUAUACUUCAGGUAAAAAUUUCAGUGUUACAGGAAGAGAAAAGGCAGCUUAUGUCUGAAAUUAAGAGCCAAAAGGUUGGCAGCCAGAAGGAUACUACAGGUUUCCGAAAGAGAUCUUACAGUGCGGGUAAUGCUGCUGGGUUUGAAACCUCACGUACACCGGUUAAACCUGGUGGGGAAUUGCAUAUAGAUUCUGAUGAUGACACAGAAACUCAGGAACAAAAUACACAGACACUGAAAGAGUUUAGACAGCUAACUGCUGAAAUGCAAGCUUUGGAGAAAAAGAUCCAAGACAGCAGUUUUGAUGCUGCUUGUUCUCCCCAAUCUAAGGAAAAGAAAGUUAAAGAAAAAUGUUGCCGUUCUGUUGCUGUUGGGGCGGAUGAAAAUAUGAAUGAGGUAGUGAUGUACUACAGAUCUGCUAAUCUGAGCAGAGAUGCAUCGGUAGGUACUGAAAUAGCCGUAAAAAGCACUGGGGUUGGGGUAACGGAGGAAUUACUUGGGGUUUGUACGGAUGCUGAAAGAGAAGUUGAACUUCAACAGCAAACCAUUGAAGCACUUAAAGAUAAAAUUUACCGACUUGAAACAGACUUGAGGGAAACCACCUAUGAAAUGGAGAUGACUAAACUGAAACUGGAGAUAAGGGCAGCAGGCUCAAGGCAAAAAGUAGAUAAAGCGGUGAUGGCACAACCCUUGACUUGCAACAGGAUGGUUGAAGCAGUAGUAGAAAUGAGUGACCAAAGCAAUGGAGAUUACUUAGACGUGGUUGACUCUUGUGUGGGUGACUACAUGCACAUGAGCAGCAUUGGGAUUUUAUGUCAGCCUACCCUCCAGAGUACUGCUGCUGGCCCUGAUUUCCCAAUGAAUCACUGGAUUGUAAAACCUCGAGUUGACACAUAUGACAGGGGUGUGGGGUUGGAACUGGGAAUGUGUGACAAAAGUGUUGGCAUGGACCCAAUGAUCUGUGAUGGGGGACUCUACGUAUUAGAUGAUGCACACAAGCAAGGGCAUAACAAGACAACCACUAAAGAUGUGAAAUCUAUUGGAUGUGGCGAUUGUUCAGUGGAUGUUACAGUUAAACCAUUGUUGGAUUAUUUGUCACGUGGGGUCAAUACAGAGCUUGUAACCAAAGUUGAUUCUGCCGUAACAGCUUCUCCUUGGACUGCUGAUCAGCAAACGAACACUGAACUAAUGCUAGCAAGCCAGUCGACCAACACACAUGUGCCAAGUCUUGUAGAUACAAGCACAAAUACAGCCAUCAGCAUGUACAGUAAACAAACAAACACAGAAAUUGUGGAAAUGCGUUCUGUAGCCAUAGGAGAUGGUAAAGUAAAGGAAGUCAACGUUAUACCAAAAACACGUUCUAUAGGAGUAUGCACAUCUGACUCUGAAAACCUAUCUUCAGUCCGUAAGACCAAAGAUUUUGGAACUGGGCAGAUAAAUAUAUUGGAUAACUUUUUGAUAGGUGUUAAGGUGCGUAGCAUAGCAUGUGGCCCUAGUGAGGCCAUUCCCCUUUCCGUUGACAUAGGAACUAUAUCGGUUGAAGAUGAACCCUGUGAGGAACAAGAAAAUACUUCAAUGAAGACCAAUGAAUCAAAGACUGAAUCUCCUGCCAUAGACCAUUACAUAGAACGUGUUCAAAAGUUGCUACAGGAACAGCAAAUGCUUCUUGCUGAGAAUUACACCGAACUGGCUGAAACUUUUGGAGAGCCUUAUUCACAGAUAGGCUCUCUUAAUUCCCAACUCAUCAAUACCAUCUCAUCCAUAAACUCUGUAAUGAAGUACAGCAGCAAUGAAGAGCUACAGACCUCAGGAAUACAGAAGAAAUCAACGGAGAUGGACUCUAUUUCAGGGACAAAUGUGGAUGUUGUAUCCCAGGCCCAGGUAACCACUGAGUAUGCCGCUUCCAGUGCUCGGACUGUUGGCCUUCAAAAACGAGCAGGAGUUUCAAAACUGGAAAGGCUGAAUAUUCAAACAACUGAGUGCAGUACUGAGUCCACUAUUACAGUCAGCUCUGUGACUACAACAGAGUUAUCCAGUGAAAUCUCUGCUUCUUCGGCUUUUGUGAGUGGCAGCAGUCAGAAUACUCUUAAGUCUAUCAUGAAAAGAAAGAAUGAGAAGAGCGAGUCUUCAAAUACCAAGAAAAAUCUUCAGUUUGUUGGCAUUAAUGGCGGGUAUGAAACUACAUCCAGUGAUGAAUCCAGCUCAGAUGAAAGUUCCUCCACAGAAUCAGACGACGAAUGUGAAGGGGAGGAAAGCUUUAAUGAGGAGUCUGAAGUGAUACAUAAAGAAGUCGGAAGUGGGGAUGUAGGAGUCUCUGAACCACUGAGUAAUGCUGAGAAAGAUGAGAAAGAAACCGAGAAAGUGGAGAUUAGAGAAAGGUAUGAGUUAAGUGAAAAGAUGUUAUCUGCUUGCAAUGUGCUGAAAGAUGCAGUUGAUGACCCGCGAGCUUUGGCAAAUAAGGAUGUGAGGCUGUGCUUGAACACUAUACAAAAUGAAUGGUUCAGGGUAUCAAGUCAGAAAUCUGCUAUUCCUGCCAUGGUGGAGGAUUACAUUGCUGCAUUUACCGAGCUUUCACCCUCUGUCCUGCGCUAUAUUAUCAACAUGGCUGAUGGCAAUGGAAACACAGCACUUCACUACAGCGUCUCCCAUUCCAACUUUGAGAUUGUCAAGCUGCUGCUGAAAGCAGAUGUUUGUAAUGUAGAUCACCAGAACAAGGCUGGCUACACUCCCAUCAUGCUCGCAGCUUUGGCAGCUGUAGAAGCAGCCAAGGAUAUGCGUGUGGUAGAGGAACUUUUCAGCUGCGGAGAUGUUAAUGCCAAAGCCAGUCAGGCAGGCCAGACAGCUUUGAUGCUUGCAGUGAGUCACGGCAGAAUAGACAUGGUCAAAGCUCUCCUUGCCUGUGGAGCAGAUGUGAACAUUCAGGAUGAUGAAGGCUCCACUGCACUGAUGUGUGCAAGUGAACAUGGACACGUAGAAAUAGUAAAACUGCUGCUUGGCCAGCCUGGCUGCAAUGCUGCCUUAGAAGACAAUGAUAGUAGCUCAGCUAUGUCGAUUGCCUUGGAUGCCGGUCAUAAAGAUAUAGCUGUCCUUCUUUAUGCCCAUGUCAAUUUCUCUAAAACACCAUCACCAGGCACCCCCAGACUAGGCAAGAAACUUCCACCCAGUCCAACACAAAGAGGACCAUUUGACAAUUAA